CCGGAAGGGAUCAAUGAAGAUCUGGAUACCAAAUUACCCUCCAUUGCGCCAGUUACUACUCGAAGAAUACCACGACGCGGGACACUUCGAUAGCAACAAGACGCUCACCGGUAUCGCAAUGAACAACUACUGGCCCCACUUGGCAGAAGAUGUUCAGAAAUUCGUCACCUCGUGUGAUACAUGUCAGCGGAUGAAGAGCAGCAAGCAGAAGAAUGCAGGUCUGCUACAGCCUCUUCCUGUCCCAGAACAACCAUGGCAAGUGGUUAGCCUGGAUUUCAUCACCGGGUUACCGCCGACCACCAGCGGUCAUGACGCAAUCCUUGUCGUCAUCGACACGUUCUCCAAAAUGGGACACUUCAUUCCGACACAAACAACAGCACGCACUGAAGAAACAGCACAACUCUUCGUUCGAUAUAUCAUCUCACAGCAUGGCAUUCCAACCAGCAAGUUUUCAAUCCGCUAUUAGAUAAGUGCGUGAUAGUAUAUU